AUUUGAUUAAAUGACAUAAUAACCGUGAAUAUAAUUAUUGAAACCCUCAGGUCCCCAAAACCGCCCCUCCCUCUCUCUCCCUCUCCAAGCAGCUGAGGAGUUCGAGUGAGACUCGUAAGAAAUCAGACAUGUCUGGAAGGAAGGAAACUGUUCUGGACUUGGCGAAAUUCGUUGAUAAAGGAGUCCAAGUCAAGCUUACUGGUGGUAGACAAGUGACAGGUACUCUAAAAGGAUACGACCAGUUACUUAACCUUGUCCUGGAUGAAGCUGUUGAGUUUCUGAGAGAUCCUGAUGAUCCUCUGAAAACUACAGAUCAGACAAGAAGUCUUGGCUUAAUUGUUUGCAGGGGAACUGCUGUGAUGCUUGUGUCCCCAACUGAUGGUACAGAUGAGAUUGCAAACCCCUUUAUUGAGGCAGAUGGGGCCUAGGUGUAAAUCUGUCUUUAAAAUACAGAAUCUGUAUGUUUGCUAACCAAGUCUUUCAUCAUUGUAGUUCCAAACCAUAUAUGUUUGGUUUUUAAGUCCUAUGUUUUAACACACUUCCUUUUGUUGAAAACAAAUAGCAUUUUAUA